GGUGUAUAAGAGAUGUCAGGCACACGUUUGGUAGCAGCUAGCGUGCUAACAACAAGGCUCCCUGGCUGACGUCGUUAGCUUACGCUGAGCAUCGAGCCACGUUGUCCACGAUAAUAGAUGUCCGAACCGGCGUGACAAGUCUGCAAGUACCGGGGAGUGGAUCGGAGGGGAGAGUCCGAGGAGUCAGGCGACGACGAGACCAGGAGGAAGAGCAUCAAUGGCGACAUGGAUCCAAAUCAGCCUCCCGCCACGAAUAAAGAAGAAGAAUCUCCCGUUGACAUGGACACCAUCACCUUGGACCCGGAAGAGGAGGAUGUUGACCUCGUUCAUUGCCGUAUUGGAAAAAUUGAAGGGCUGGAAGUGCUACAGAAAGCAAAAACCCUCUCCUUACGACAAAAUCUUAUUAAAAAAAUUGAAAAUCUUGACAGUUUGUGCUCACUGAGAGAGCUCGAUUUAUACGACAAUCAAAUCCGCAAGUUGGAGAACCUGAACAAGCUCACACAGCUGGAGCAGCUGGACGUGUCCUUCAAUCUUCUGAGGAAGGUGGAAGGUUUGGAGCAGCUGUCUUGCCUGAAGAAACUUUUUCUGCUUCACAACAAAAUCGGCAGCAUCACCAACAUGGGACACUUCCCCUGUCUGGAGAUGCUGGAGCUGGGCUCCAAUCGCAUUCGAGUCAUAGAGAACCUGGAUACACUCACGUCUUUGCAAAGCUUAUUCCUCGGCACCAAUAAAAUCACCAAGUUGCAGAAUAUGGACAGUUUACACAGCUUGACUGUGUUAAGUAUUCAGAGUAAUCGGAUAACUAAAAUGGAGGGUUUACAGAAUCUGGUUAGCCUGCGAGAACUCUACCUGAGCCACAAUGGCAUCGAGGUCAUCGAGGGCUUGGAAAACAAUAAAAAGCUGACAACUCUGGACAUUGCAGCCAACAGAGUGAAGAAAAUUGAGAACAUCAGUCAUCUAACAGAACUGCAGGAGUUCUGGAUGAAUGACAACCAGAUAGACAACUGGUCAGAUCUGGAUGAGCUGAAGAAUGCCCAUUCUCUGGAGACUGUCUAUCUGGAAAGAAACCCGCUGCAGAAGGACCCGCAGUACCGGCGGAAGAUCAUGCUCGCGCUGCCAAGCGUGCGCCAGAUCGACGCUACCUUCAUCCGCUUUUAAAAAAAAAAUGCAGUAAAGUAUAUUCCAUCCACUUCAGUGGUCCCCUUUGCCAACUUCUGUAUGCACCGCCCCCUCCCCUCACCAUUCAUCACUCGAUCACUGAAUUAUCGUUUCUCCGUAUACAUAAUAUACAGUGCAACAUUAAAGUCAGCUACGUACGCACGCUGUGGUGUGAAAGCUGAUUGAAUUUACACCUCUGGAAAUGAACUGUGAAAUAACAUCAGACCCGUCACUUUCCCAUGACAUUUUCACCUUAUUUUUGAAGACUUGCAAUGGAAAUCAUUAAAUCAGAAAACUCUAUAGUGGUACCUUGACUUAAUGAGUACACCUACUUAGAGGCCGGGUGGACGGCGCAAUGAAGCUACGGUAAUGCCCUUUCAUCUGGGCAAGGCAAGAAGCCACAGUCGCCCAUCCGCUCUCAUUAAACAGGACAGUCAAAUACAACAUGAGAACACACACAAAGUAACUGCUGGAAGACAACUCAUGUCCAAUGUUCACGUCCAGACCGUCACUAGGACAUGCCCCUUACAUGCAGACAUCCAACAUUUUACAUAAAAGUGCUAUUUUCCUUCAUCAAAACCACUUAACAGAAAGAUUGGUGGUUAUUUGGGAUUGGAAGGGAUUCAUGGUGUUUGAAUUCAUUUCAAUGAGGAACAUUGAUUUGACGUAAGCACGAAUUGCUUAUGCCACUGACAGCUCUAUGCUCUAUGAAUGAAGUCAAAGUACCACUGUACUAAAGGGUGGGCCAAAAGUAGAUAUGCAUUUUCCAUGUUUUAAAUAAAUUAAAUUUAGCAGUUUUAUCCAUCCAUACAAUUUCUGAGCCGCUCGUCCUCGCUAGGGUCGUGGGAGUGCUGGAGCCUAUCCCAGCUGUCAACGGGCAGGAGGCAGGGUACACCCAGAACUGGUUGCCAGGCAAUUUCAGGGGACAUAUCGACAGACAACAGUCGUACUCAACGAUCACACCUAGGGGCAAUUUAGAGUUUCCAACUAAUGCUUGUUUUGGGGAUGUGGGAGGAAACCGGAGCGCCCGGCGAAAAUGCAUGAAGGCACGGGGAGAACGUGCAAACUCCACACAGGGGAGGCUGUGAUUUGAACCCCGGACCUCAGAACUGUGAGGCCAAUGCUCUACAGCUGAGCCACCGUGCCGCCUUGAACAUUUUUAUUUUUAUUUUUUUUUGCCUUUUAUUCUUGCAUCCUUUUAUCCUUCAUCUGGCUAAACCUGCUUUUCAGGCUUCUUUACACCCUUCCACAUCAGGCCUGCUUUUUCUUUCCUUCCCUCCUACCUUAAUUUUUUCCUUAUUUCCUUCAGAAGACCAGCUUUUUUUCCCCCAUCCUUCCCUACCUUGAAACUACUUUUCUUCCUUUUGGUCUUUUCAUACCUGUCCAGUAAUGCUUUAGAAUUCGCUUUGUUGGCUCAAGUUUAUUUGCAAAUUGUGAUACUAAAAAAAAACACAACAAAAAUAAAGGCUUAUGUUGAUGGAAAAAAAACGGCAUCUACUUUUUGACCCACCCCUAUAUUUUCUGUAGUUGAACUUAUUCAAAAUACUACUAAACCAGGUGUUGAACCUUGAAAUCCUAAAAUGAAUCUCAAACUAUUUCCAAAUUUAAUUUUAGUUUUUUAAAACGAAAUUUACAGAAAAAAAACGCGAAGAAUGUGUCCCCUAGUCUCAUACUCAUUUUCCGACUAACCUCUCAUAAAAUAGUUUCUAAGAAUGUAACAUCUAUGUCUAUCUAGGAUGGUCAAUUCCUUUUUUUAAAUUACUGAUUACAGCUUUGGUUCUUUUGCUUGUUCUGUUGUCUGGAGCGCUUCACAAAAGGUUUUUAACGGUUUACCUCGAGCUCAGAGACCAGAUGAGAAUUUUGUUAUAGAUGCUGCAGUGACACAUUCUGUAUUUAUUGACUGUUGCACUGGACAACAAAAAAUGGCUGUGUGGUUGCCUUGUAAAUAACUCAUAGCACUUGAUUUGAUCCACCUAUACAUUUGAAGAUAUUUGAUUGGACAUUAAUAAAGAAACAAAAUUUUGGGUGAGAUUAAAAGGUUAUUCACCUUUUGGAUGUUAUUUUACACUUGGUUGGACAAAUGGAGUGAAAUAAAUGUCUUCUUACCUGUGAACUUGGGUGGUUCAAAUCAAGUGAUUUUAAAUUGUCAUCGAAAGAGUACUCUGAUAUACUAUUUGUUGUUGAGAUAAUCUACAUCACAGGGUUUUUGGAUUUGAAAUGGAAUGUAUUAUGCAAACAAUAAAUGUAUAGUACUACAACUUA